AUGGACCGGAGGAUAUUACUAUUUUCUUUUCUGAUUGUACCAUGGAUGUUUUGGGCAACAGCACAUAGUGAUCAAGUAAAGCCUGAAAAAAGAGGUUCAUCCAGAAUAAAAGGGUUUGAAGAGUGGCAGUCAGAUGAUACACGCUCCCUAAAAGUGAAAAAACCAAAGCCCAAGAUUACUGUAGCCCCAGACUAUGCAAGUCCUGGUAAUGAUGGUGAUGAACGAUCAGCAAUAAAGCAAAAAGAUGCAGAUCUGCCUACUUGCUUGCUGUGUGUUUGUCUGACUGGGUCUGUAUACUGUGAGGAGGUCACCCCCGAGAUGGAAACAGUGCCAGCUUUGCCAAAAGAAACAGCAUACCUUUAUGCACGCUUCAACAAAAUCACCAAAAUUACCAGCAAGGACUUUGCUGAUGUGGGCACUUUAAAAAGAAUUGAUCUGACUGGCAAUCUCAUAUCAGAAAUAGAGGAUGGAGCCUUCUCCAAACUUGACCAACUGGAGGAACUCACACUGGCUGAGAACAGACUGGUCAAACUACCACUGCUGCCCCCAAAACUUCUCUCGCUCAACGUUAAUCACAAUAAACUAAAAACAAAAGGCGUCAGAUCAACUAUUAUUAAGAAGCUAAAUAAACUGGCCUUCUUAUACCUGGGCAACAAUGAACUGGAGGCCAUUCCACCACUUCCUGAGAGUCUCUGUGUGGUUCAUCUACAAAACAAUCACAUAACCAACCUGACCGAUGAAACUUUCUGCAAGGGAAAUGACACUCACUACAUCAGAUAUAACUUGGAGGAGAUACGACUGGAUGGGAAUCCGGUGGUACUAGCCCAGCAUCCAAACAGCUUCAUCUGUCUGAGAGCUCUACCAAUCGGUCUCUACAAAUGAGCUGAAAUUAUCUAUUGGAGUGUGUAUAGAAACAACAUGAUCGCUGCGCAAUGGUGUAUUUGGCAAUGGGAAUUGUUACAGUAUCUCCACUUGCAUUAGUCUUUUCAAGCUUUAAGUCAAGGUAUAUCUGCCUAAAGGUCUAAUUACAUUGUACAUGAUGCAGUUGAAUAAUUUGCAAAAUGUGCACAUUUGCACAUGUCGCUUUUGAAUUAUGCCGAACAUGUAUGUUUGUAAAUAGGACUUGAUUUGCUUAGCAUUUAGACAUUGUAGAUGUCUAGAACCACAUACUGCUGUUAGAGAUAAGUAUGUAGGAAUGCGUUAAAGGCAUGUGGCUUUAAAAAAGUAAGCUGACUACACAGUAUUCAUUAUGUGUAAUC